AUGCUGCGCAACUGCGCCACCAGACGGCCGGUCCUAUGGCCCAAACAAGAGACCGUCGCUUCAAGGCUGCCAUCGUCUUCGAGCGGCACUUUCCUCUCUUCCGUCUCCUCGGCCAACAAACCGAUAGCUCGUUCUUUCGCCUCUAGCGCGAAUCGACCGUCAUCUUCUGAGCCGGAGCACGGCGACGCCGACGGCAAAGACAAGUGGAACCGCCAUCGCACGCAGUACAACUACGACCCCUUCACGCUUCAUCCGUCGUCUUCCCACCUUGGCUAUCCGCUCGUCACCGCAGCGGAACUGGCCAAGUCAUCGGAACGACCUCGAGGCGUGCGCAUGCUUGCCAGGGACUUCAUCCACGACUCGCUGUACAACCCGCACUAUGGGUACUUCAGCAAGCAGGCGGUGCUACUGCCAGAAGGCCAGAACGCACUCAACAGAGCCUCGGUCUCCUCGUCCACACCCGCUGGCACGGGGAGAGGAGGCGAAGCUACGGAAGCAGCAGCACCAGCAACACCGACAGCCAUGGCGCGGCCCGAGCGCUUCGACUUCGGCAGCAUGGCCAACGAGUCCGAAUUCAUGCGCGCGGUCGAGAAGCGAUAUAUGGACUUCGAAGAGAAGGUCGAGAACGUCGUCGAGGCGCGAGAGAGGGAAAAGCAGGCAGAUGCCGAAAGGGAAGAGAGCGAACGCUUCGCCCUGCGCGAGCGCGAGGAACGGCGACGUCGUCGUCAGGAUCAAGCCUCGACGGCGUCCCCGUCGUCGCCCACCGCCAGAGCGGCGAGCUACUCGGCAGAAGGCCUGGAGGCCGCAAAGCUCAGAGGAAGGAUGCUGGCCCGCAGAGCUAGCGAAGGCGUCCAGGAAAAGGAAGUGCAGACGAUGGCGGCCAAGCAAGUCUGGCACACGCCCACGCAGAUCUUUCAGCCCUUUUACGCGCGCGCCAUCGCCCGCUACUUGGUGGCCGAGUACAAGCUGCAGCUGUACCCUUACGACGACCUAGUCGUCUACGAGCUCGGCGCUGGAUCUGGCGCGCUGGCUCACGACGUGCUAGACUACCUGAUGGCCGAAGAACCCGAGAUCUACCGGCGGACAAGGUAUAGGAUCGUCGAGAUCUCGACAAGGUUGGCAGAGGAGCAGAAAAGGAGGCUCGUGGAGCACGUUGAACGGGGCACGGUCGAGGUCGUCAACCGCAGCUUUCUUGAGUGGAACGAGGACGUCCCCGAGCCCUGCUUUGUCGUCGCUCUCGAGGUCUUGGACAACCUCGCGCAUGACGUGGUGCGAUACUCGACAUCGACGCUGGAGCCGUUCCAAGCGCUGGUUUCGAUCGACGAGACCGGAGACAUGCACGAGCUGUGGGAGCCAGUGUCGGAUCCCUUGAUCCAACGCUACCUCGACCUCCUGCGAUCCAUCUACCCAUCAACGUCUUCCCUACCGCUCGCCGCGUCAUCCUCGCCCUUGCUCCGCUACAUCCCCAGCUCACUGCGCUCGACGCUGGCCAACCACCUCCCCUUCUACCCCAACCUCACGCCGCCCCACUACCUGCCAACGGGAUCGCUGCAGAUGAUGGACGUGCUCCGCCGACACUUCCCGCUUCAUCGGCUCGUCGUCUCCGACUUUGACUCGCUGCCGGACGCGUGCGAGGGCGUAGACGCCCCCGUGGUCCAGACGAGGUUCAGGGGCACCAUGGUCCCCGUCACCACCUAUAUGGUGCUGCAGGGCUACUUUGACAUCUUUUUCCCCACCGACUUCCGCACGCUCCGGGAGGUGUACAACCGCAUCAUGCUCUCGUCGUCGGCGGCGUCUUCGAGGCAGCCGCGAGACGACGAAGGAGGCUUGAGGGAAGACUACUUCACUCCCUCGUGCUAUUCGUACUACGAGCAGACCCGAUCCUCGUCUGCCGAGGGUGAGGGUCGGGCGUCGGCGGCGGCCGUCGCGCGGGGCAAGACGACGUCUUCCACCACGGCUGCCGGCGCCCACCUCGGAAACGUGCACGGGCACGGGCAUGGGCGCAAGAACGUCAAGCUCUACAGCCAUGCCGAGUUCCUAGAGAGGUAUGCCGAGACCGAUGCCGUCAGGCUCAAGGAUGGCAGCAACCCGCUGCUCAGCUGGUACGCCAACGCUAGCUGGUUCCUAUCGUGA